AUGGAAGGCCAGCUCAUGAAGGCAUUCUCGCAUGGGGGCGGCGCCGUGCCUGAUACAGAUUGGGUGGAUGACAUGAGGGACACGGCGCAGAGGAUGGCACAGAUACAGGAGCAGUUGGGGUUGUAUGAUCUGGAGCUGAGGGAAUGGUCCUGGAAAGUAAUCGACAUGAGUCGGCUUCUGGAAGACGCGGAUACUGCACGCAGCUGGGGCGAAAAAGUGCUUGAACUUAUUCGGACAUGCGAGGGCGACGAUCAUCCGUUGUAUUUUAGCGCUCGACAGGAGGUUUCAAAGCUUUCGGCAUGA